AGGAGGCUGACCUCUUUCCCGCGAUGACAGUUUCCUGCAGGCUCGCCGAGACGCCUCGUCGCCCUCACAGUAGGAUGUGCGGAGAGGGCGGAGGGCUGUGAAGGAGUUUAGCUGCUCGGCAUGCGGUGGACGAAGCCGAUAAAGUGAUUUUUACUUCAUUUUCCGGGAGCAGCGAAUGUCGCAGGUGGAUACCGAGGGGAAAUGAGUAACAUGAUGGAUGGUUCAGCAGGGCAGGGAGCCAGGGCCAACGGCCCCAGUUCAGCACCCAGCACACCGGUGAGCCCUGUGGGCCCACCUCUGUCCCCAGAAGAGCAGAGCGAACAGCAGCAGUCCUCCCUGACAGAUGUUACUCAGAUGUGGAUUAACUUUGCCAAGACUUUUGCCAUCAUCUUCCCCAUCUACGUCUUGGGAUACUUUGAGUUCAGCUUUAGCUGGGUUCUGAUUGGACUCGCAAUGCUUUUCUACUGGAGGAAGAACUAUGGCAACAGGGACUACAGGGUAAACCGGGCCUUAGCGUUCCUGGAGCACGAGGAGAAAGUAGCGAGGCAAAGUGUGCCAACCACAGAGCUACCACCAUGGGUCCAUUAUCCAGAUGUUGAAAGAGUGGAGUGGCUGAAUAAGACGGUGAAGCAGAUGUGGCCGUUUAUUUGCCAGUUUGUGGACAAGCUGUUCAGAGAGACCAUCGAGCCGGCGGUGAAGAGCGCCAACCCUCAUCUGAGCUCCUUCUGCUUCACUAAGAUUGACAUGGGCGACAAGCCACUGAGAGUGAAUGGAGUGAAAGUUUACACAGAAAAUGUGGACAAGAGGCAGGUCAUCAUGGAUCUGCAGAUCAGUUUUGUUGGGAACACAGAGAUUGACGUGGACAUCAAAAAGUACUACUGCAGGGCUGGAAUCAAGAGUAUACAGCUUCAUGGAGUGAUGCGGGUGGUGAUGGAGCCGCUGCUGGGGGACAUGCCUCUGAUCGGAGCCCUUUCGGUCUUCUUCCUCAACAAACCUUUGCUGGACAUCAAUUGGACAGGGCUCACAAACAUGUUGGACAUUCCUGGUGUCAAUGGUUUGUGUGACAGUCUACUCCAAGACAUCAUCUACAGCUACUUGGUGUUGCCAAACCGCAUCAACAUCCCACUAGUGUCAGAGGCCCAAAUGACUAAGCUCCGCUUCCCCAUUCCCAAGGCCGUCCUGAGAAUCCACUUCAUCGAGGCCCAGGAAGUGUUGCGUAAGGACAAGUACCUGGGAGGGCUGAUCAAAGGGAAGUCGGAUCCAUAUGGAGUCAUCAAGAUUGGGACAGAACUCUUUCAGAGCAAAGUCAUCCACGACACCCUGAACCCAAAGUGGAACGAAGUCUACGAAGCCUUGGUGUAUGAUCACUCUGGAAAAAAUAUGGAGAUUGAACUGUUUGAUGAAGACCCUGAUCAAGAUGACUUUCUGGGAAGUCUCAUAAUCGACAUGGUUGAGCUCCAGAAGGAACAGAAGAUCGAUGAGUGGUUUCCGCUGGAAGAGGUGUCCACAGGGAAGCUGCAUCUCAAACUGGAGUGGCUGUCUUUGCUGUCCACACCUAACAAGCUGGACCAGGUGCUGUCGAGCAUCAGAGCAGAUCAGGGUCAAGCCAACGACGGCCUCUCGUCUGCGCUGCUCAUUGUCUUCCUGGAUUCAGCCAGAAACCUUCCACGCAAUCCGUUAGAGUUCAACCAAGCGGGGCUGAGGAAUGCCUCGAUCAGUAAGGCCAUCAAGUCCGGCAAGAAAGUGACCAGUGAUCCCAGCCCGUUUGUCCAGUUCAGAGUGGGACACAAGUCCUUCGAGAGCAAGGUCAAAUAUAAGACCAAUGAACCGGUGUGGGAGGAAUCCUUCAUCUUCCUCAUCCACAACCCCAAAGUUCAGGAGUUGGAGGUUGAGGUGAAGGAUGAGAAACAUGAUUGUUCUUUGGGGACAUUAGCACUGCCCCUGCCUCGCCUGCUGGAGGCAGACAACAUGACACUGAACCAGCGCUUCCCUCUGAGGAACUCUGGACCGAGCUGCACCCUCAAGAUGAAGAUCGCUCUGCGGGUGUUGAGUCUGGAUAAGGACACUUCAGCGGCCUCAAAUUCAACCCCGUCCUCGGUGCAGGUCCGAAAAAAUGACUUCUCCAGCCCGACCCCACGGCCCUCUAGCUCCUCAGAGUCGUCCAAGCCUCCCCUCUCUACCUCAGGCAUUCCCCACUCGGCCUCCGUGCCAGCCCAGGAUGUGUCGAGCAAGCAGAAGGAGGCUAAAGAGACUGCGAAGUCCCGGGGAAGCACGGACUUUGGGCAGGGUGGCAGUGGAGGAGGUCAUAGCUUGGCAGAAACUGGGAGGAGCUUGGCAGAAACUGGGAAGAGCACCUCAAACCUGGCCAUCUCAGGCUCCCAGCAGUAUCUGGCUGGAGGCAAGGAGCCAACGCCAAGCAUUGCAUCGGACGUCUCCAACCCUUACGCUGCUCAGGAGCUGCAGCAGAGACUCGAGCACCUCCACAACGGUUCAGGCCCCAGUCAUUUCCCGCUCGGUGAGAUCCAGCUGACGAUCAGACACAGCUCCCAGAGAAACAAACUGAUCGUAGUUGUUCACAGCUGCAGAAACCUCAUAGCGUUCACUGAUCACGGCUCAGAUCCUUACGUCCGGCUCUACCUGCUUCCUGACAAACGGAGGUCGGGCAGGAGGAAAACUCAGACAAUGAAGAGAAACCUCAACCCGCUUUACGACACGACGUUCGAGUUCAAUGUUUCCAUCAUGGAGCUCCAGAGGAGGACUCUGGAUGUUGCCGUGAAGAACGGUGGAGGCCUGCUCUCCAAACACAAAGGCCUUCUCGGAAAGAUUCUGGUGGAUUUGAAUCAUGAGGAGAUCACCAAGGGUUGGACACAAUGGCACGAGCUGAGCUCGGACGGCCUGGCCAAGCCACACCAACUAUAAGUCGUCAUCAUUAGUACCUUCAUCAGAUCACCACACUUCCACUUUAUGCACGUCCAACUCUACAGUACAUGUUUUUUGUUUUCAUUAGCUCUGACUGUAAGAAACAAAGUGAUUGCGAAAAGCAGCUUUUGACACUCAUUUAAUCACAUCAGUCGCAAAGCAAACCCCCCCUUUAAGAAGUGAGAGUGAUCGGCUACAGAGAGUAUAUACAUGUAGAGAGCUAUACUACACAGUGUAGUGCUAUGGAAGCCUAUAUUCUAUAUUUAGAGAAGUAACUGUUUUUGUUUUUUUCACAUAGAAUGACAGGAGUGUGCAAGUUUGUAAAUAAUGUACAGUGAUGCUGGACAAAUCAGAGGAUGGGGUGUGUUGUAGAGGUGAGAGGGAGGUGUGGUGUCUUAUUGGCCAAAUGAUUGUUUGUAAUUUUAUUUUGUUUCAUUUUUAUUUUUUAAAUGGAAAAACAUUCUGGACAGAGUCACACCAAAGAGACGAAAAGUAUUCGGUUUAUUUCUGCGCUUGUAGGGUUUUUGGGUAACACAGCAAUACACUGGCUUUAUUUCACUGUAAGUGUGUGUGUGUGUGUGUGUGUGUGUGUGUGUGUGUGUGUGUGUGUGUGUGUGUGUGUGUGUGUGUGUGUGUGUGAGAGAGAGAGAGCCAGUUAAAAGGAUUGUGUGCACACAAAUGUGUUCACAUUUCUGACACGUUUGGGGGCUUACACUGAAAUAAGGCCGUUAUUUUAAGUGUUACUGCUUUGUUUUUUCUUUGUUAGUUUUUAAACUGAAUAUGAAUAGUUGCACUUUUUAAAAAUCUGUAGAGGAUCAUAUCUACUCAGUGUACGCGUUGCCUAAAUUCAUCUAAAGAGGAGUACUUUUUUUUUUUUAAACAAUAAAUACUGAAAUUAAAAUUUUUUUACUGUCAAGAUGAUCUAGAUAAGCUUUUUCAGGCAACAGUUUGUUUUGAUGAAAACAUUUCACUCUGAUCUCUGCUAGGAGAUGCUUAGCUUAGCUUAGCUUAGCUUAGCUCAGCGCAGCAUUCAGGUUUCUGUCUGUUGGGGACUUGUUGUUCUGCAUUUCUUCACUCGCUCUUUGGGUUAUGAUUAGGCACCAAAGCUCCUGGCUAGGUUUGGACAUUAAACCUGAGCAUUAAAAAAACAGCAAGCAUGCGUUUGUGAGAGGCUGGGAGUGAGAUCUGUUUCAUCACUGCGCACCGUCAUCAUGACACCAUCCAUACCUGAGACAUCAGCGGCCUUGGCAGAAUGGCACUACUUGACAUCCUGGGGAUGGGAAUAGUCCAGAUAACCUCACUGAUCAGUUUUAUUAUACCAUAAGCUGCUGUGUUAUAUAGAUUAUCUUUCCAUAUAGAGAAUUCAAUGUGUUGAAAUCAGUAGCAUUAUUAAUUAAAAUGAAUUAUUUAGGGUAUGACUGUGUGGUGGGACUUAAGCCCCAUGUCUCAUUUUUCCUGAUAGCUGAACAGCUGUAAGCCUGAUGAACUUGGUGAGAAUCAGCCAAAGAGCAGUCUGACACACAGACCCAGUAAAAACACUACCUGGUGUGUAUAUACUGUAUGGCUGUUUAGUGUCAGUCAUCAAGCUUUAGAUGCUGAGGCUGCAGAGACGGCUCAUUGGUAUGCUAAGCUAACUGACGCAGACGGCUGCUGAUUUUUAUAUUUGACAGAGAAAAUUAUUAGUCUUCUGUUUUCUCUCCCACCAUCAAACUGGUUUGUAUUUUAACAGGAGUAUUUUAAGGAUCACCCUCUCCUCCUCCAUGUAUUUAAAGCCACUAUGUGUAGAACUGCAAACUGUCCACUGGCGCCCUCCAUUGGUAGUAUGACAUUUUACAAUCACAUUUUAUGGUAGAGAUUGGCAUUAUAGGGCUGCUAUCCUGGAACGAGCGAAGGGUAGAGCCAAGAUUUUAUUUUGUAUUAAUUUAUUAUUGUCCCCUGUUAACGUCCUGUUGCCAGUCCUUGUUUAUAUUCAUUGGUGUAAUAAAAUCAUUUAUUGUGCUCACUGAAAUGAAAGCAGUUCAUGAUGGUCGCUCCACUUUUUUCCAGUUCUCACAUUAAAAGUCUUCCAAGUUUCUGCAGAGAAAAAGUGGAGCUGAUGGACUGCCUUUGGGGUGUUCAUGUUGGUUAUGCCCAGGCCUAUUUCAUAACACACACACACACACACACACACACACACAGAUUAGAAGAGUUGCAAAGAUUUCAGAGGAAUUUCUUUUAAUCACAGAGGACAUCUGCACAUAGUGGCUUUGAAAAUAUUACAUAACGUUACAUUUAAACUUUCGAUUGCAACGCUCACAGCAGGAUUUGUUGUUGUCAUCGCGGUGAUGUUCAUAUUUCCGCUGUCAUCGUUCUCAGCUGUUCGUGUAUUGUCUAUGGAUCAGCUUUAGUCUUAAUGUGGCAUAAAGGUUCAUUUUCAAAAUGCCGUCUGAAAGAAGGCGCAGCCAAUGACCUUCCUUUAUUCUCUGUGCAUUAUAUUAAACACUUUACAGCGGGUUUGAUCAUGUGACCCGACGCAGCCAAAGAACAGCAGUUUUUCUGCUGACAAAGGGAAGUGUGACCUUUAACUUUCACAAUACAACUACUAGAGUUUUGCCUUGUGUUCACAUCAAGCAUCAAGAAAGUAUUUUACAC